AUUAGAUGGCGUUAUUAUUCGUAAUUUGUGCCGCGACGUAUUUAUCGUAAGAUGAAUGAAACUUGAUCGUUGUCAUUCCUACCAUGAAAUUCGCUUUUUCAAUAAAGAGCAGAAUUUGUUGAAUAAUUUCAAAUAUAAUUCCGAAAAAUUAAAUUAUUUUAGCUAACAAGAAAAUCGAUGGCCUUUCAAACACGUUAAAUCUUUGAAAGUAAAGAAAGUCAAGUAUCAAGUUAUAAAUCAGAAAACUAUUUAACCUAUUCGAAUAUGAAGCGAGAAAUUAUAAUUUGUAGCAUAUGUUUAUUGAUUUACGUGGGGGCUACUAAUGAGGUAAAAAAGAAAUCAUGGAAAGACAAAGAUAUACGAGAUAUGACGGAUGCAGAUUUGGAGCAUUUGUUAGACCAGUGGGAAGAAAAUGAGGAACCCUUAGAACCAGAUGAAUUACCAGAGCAUCUUAGACCAAGUCCAAAGAUUGAUAUAUCUAAGCUCGAUAUGUCAAAUCCUGACAAUGUUCUUAAAAUGACUAAAAGGGGUAAAGGUGUUAUGAUGUUUGUCGAUACUAAUGAGGAUAUUUCAGCUGAAGAUGCCGAUGUAAUAAUGAAGAUUUGGCAGACUAGUUUACAGAAUAAUCAUAUUAUUGCUGAAAGGUAUCCAAUAGAUUUAAAGAGAUCCGUGUUCCUAUUUCGCGAAGGAUCUCAAGCGGUAGACGCAAAAAAUUUUUUGCUGCAACAACCAGAACUGUCUCAUGUUACCCUUGAAGGGCAAACCUAUUACAGAGAUCAACAGAGACAGAGUACAGCUGCAAAAGAAAUAAAUAAAAAUGUUCAGAAUCAAGAAAAUGGGAAGAAAAAGAAGAAGAAUGAG